CGAAUCUUAAAUUCGUUGAUCAACGUUCUUUGUCAAGUUUAUUCAGAAUAGCUCCAAAGUUUUUGUCUUGCUGUUUUGUUAAAUGCGUUUUAUGUAUUGUUGAAAGGUUGUGAUUUAAAUCGAAUUGCUAGUAAUCUACGUGGGAGGAUCAAAUUAAGGAAACCGCAGCUUGGAAAUAUUUUUAAGUCGAAAUCUGUUGCGUGACAUCAUGUCGAGAGACAUUUAUUAUUCCCAAAAAUAUUAUGACGAAGAACAUGAAUACAGACAUGUAGUACUACCAAAAGAGAUGGUAAAGUUAGUGCCAAAAAACCAUCUAAUGUCAGAACAAGAGUGGCGCAGCAUCGGUGUGCAGCAAAGUCAAGGUUGGGUGCACUAUAUGACACAUCAGCCAGAACCACAUAUUUUAUUAUUCCGAAGGAGGAUAACAACACCACCAGAAAAAAAUUGAUAUGAAAUGAGUUUUCUGUCCCAUCAUUUAGCUGUAAAAUGUAUAAUUUUCUCAUAAGUUAGUUUUAAAUUGGGCCCAUAAUUAUCUGUAUUUCAUUAUUGUAUAAUCGCUCUGAACAGUAUCUACAGUAUAAAUUAGCGUUUUUUUUUUAAAAAUCAAAUGUGUACGGUUUAUCUAAACGAAAUAAUCUCAGAAAACUGGUUAUACUUAAGAGACUUUCAUAUUCAUAUGGCAAACAGGUUUAGAACCUUCCAAGGUACAGUCCUAAUAUGGGAAGCAUGUUUGCCUUUGUUAUUGUCUGUGAUUAUAAUAAAAUUAAUUAAUUAAUCUUUUAAAUCAGUGUCCCAUGCCCCACUGUAAUAUUUCUAAAAUUUCUAUGCCUCCCAUACUUAAUUUUUAACAUAAAAAAAAUUGAUUUGUUCACUUGAGGUAUAAAUUAUAUAUUUCAGGAAGAAAUUGUUAUCAGAAUUGUGCGUAAUAUUUCAGAACAUAAACAACUGAAGUACAAAUUCAACAUAGUUUUAAUACAGAUAUUCUAUAUUAAUUUAGUAUGAUUGUCCAUCUUAAUUAUCAAAUUACCCUUUGUGGGACGUGGGCCCCACGUUGUGAAACACCGUUUUAAAUAGUGGAUUUGUUCUUUUUUGCAUAUCUGUCGUGCUAUAUAUUUUGUCGAGUUUGUAAUAAAAUUUAUGACUACUUCUGAGCUGUCAAGUAAAUCUUAAGUCACAUUUAAUUUCAGAAUGGUUAUAAAAUUUAUAAUAAACUUUGAUCGUAACUAAAAUCGUAUGACACUGAGAAUGUUAAUCAUUUACUCUUCUAUCAAUCGUUCAUGACAUAUAAAUCUCGGUAUAUAAUUUGAGGACUUUGUUCUUAAAAGUGUUAGUAGGUAUGUAAACAAUUAUGAAUAAAAUUAUCUAUAUUAUUGAUAAAUAAACCAUUAUCAAUAAAUCAAGAAAGUACAUCUUCUGAAUGUCAUAGAGUGUAAAAUGAAUUGUAAAUUCAUUGCAUAUGUUGUAUGUAAUAAAUGAAUUAAAUCACUUAUAAUAGAUCUUAUCCAUCUGCUCGUUUCAGUUUUCAAAUUAUAAUACCGAAACUUAUGUUUGGAUUUAGAAUUGCAAUUUGUUUAUAUUGUAUUUUAUUCCACAGCCCACUGAGUUUCGUUCUGUAUCUUCUCAUUGGGUCGCGAUUCCGAUCCAGUUGUAGAUUCUGUGAAGCAUUGCUCUUGUUAGGGCUAGUGUUCACACCUUCUCGUAGGCCGAGCUGUGAAAAAAAAUCCAAUGAGUAACUUAAAUAACAAUAUAAAAAAAGCAACUCUAAAUAAAAUCUAGAUUGUUAGUCUCUUGCUAGCAAAAAAUUCUGACAAUUCUUGUUUUACUGAAUAAAAAUCUUUACUACCAUUAAAGUCUAAUCUAGUUUUAAAGUAAUGAUUUUGCAUUUGAAGUGUCAUACAUAUAUUAAAAUCAUUAAUUAUGGGCGUUUAUGAUCUUUAUACUGUUAAGUUUUUUAAUUCCAUACAUAAUUGAUGUCAAAACAAAAUCGUCUUAACUUUUACUGUUUUUUAUUUUAAUACAUUCUAUUUUCUUCGAUUUUCGCGAGUCGUAGAAGUGAUUCAAGCUUAUUUUACGAUUGAAUUUCGUGAUUAUAAUAAGAAAUUUGACGGUGGUUAACACAAUAUUUAAAUGUCGACUAAUAUACGCCUUAGUCGUUAGUAACAGCAAAAACUGUAUUCUUAACAUCGAAUAUAAAAGAAAUGAAAAUGUGAAACGUGUUGUGAUUACGGCUUAGUACAGUAAUUUUAAUUAUGAUUUUAAUAUUUUGUAACUACAACAAACACCACCCUAGUUUUUAAAAUAUUUCUUCAUGUGUUAUAACACAAGUGCUACACCAGUUAUCAUAACUCAUCUUCAAGGUAUCAUGGGUGAUUGGAAACACAUUUUUUUAUGUUGCUCGAGAAUAUAAUUUCUGUAUAUUUUGCGUAGGUAAGUUAAGUUUCAGAGGCACAUUUUAACACCUCAGUAACCGAAACCACCAGUAACAAUCCACCGUUUAUAAUUAAGUUAUAGUUAUUAGUAUCCUAUCCUGCUGCAUUCACAAUGUUGUUUGGCUUAAUUCGAUUUGGAUUUGACUUAGUUAUUAUUAUUGGACAAUCAAGGUCGCAUGUUGUAAAUAAUUGUAAUUUUUAAAUCGGCACAUUUGCAGCAGCUGUCAUAUUAUGUUUUAUUGGUUUGAAUAAAUUGUUUUGGUGCUAUGUUAAAA